CGAUAUUUCUCUAUUUUAACUAUUCUAUAAAAAAUGAGUAAAGAUCAAAUCGACGAGUGGUACACUUUUGGCUUACAUUUAGCUAAAGAAAGUGGAAAGAUGAUGCUUGAUGCAUUUCACAAAGAAAAAACGAUAAAUACAAAACAAACCUUCGCAGAUUUGGUCACUGAAACUGACAAAGCUAUCGAAAAAUUCAUUUUUGACAAUAUCCGUCAGAAAUAUAAAGAUCACGUAUGUAUAGGAGAAGAGAGUGAGGAGAGGCCGCCAUGGAAUAAUAGCCCUACCUGGAUUGUUGAUCCUAUCGAUGGAACCACCAAUUUUAUUCAUCAGUUCCCUAAUUGUGCCGUGAGUAUUGGUGUGUCCUAUGAUAAAAAGAUAGUAAUUGGAAUUAUAUAUAACCCAAUGCAAAAUCUCCUUUACACCGCUAAGAAAGGGCAAGGCGCUUUCUGCAAUCAAAAGAAAAUAUUUUCUUCCAAAGUUACAGAUAUUGGAAAGGCUUUGAUAUUUACCGAGGUUGGCUCCUUAAGGAAAGAAAAUAUCAUUGAUAAAAAAUUGGAAAAUUACGCACGUUUAGCAAGAGCUUCUCACGGAAUUCGUUCUAUGGGCUCAGCUGCGUUAAAUUUAUGUGCAAUUGCCAGUGGUCAGGGCGAUGGAGGAUUUGAAUUUGGUAUUCACAUAUGGGACAUUGCUGCUGGUGUAUUGAUAGUUACAGAAGCUGGAGGUGUGAUAAUGGAUCCUAAAGGUGGUGAUUUAGAUUUACUUUCAAGAAAAUUUUUAGCUGCAGGAACAAAAGAAUUAGCUGAUACUAUAUCAUCAAAAAUAACACCAAUCCAGUUUGAAAGUGAUUAAUGUUAUUUAAACACAUAUUAGUCAUAAUUAUUCAAUAUUCUUUAUUUAGUAAAAUUUGUAAAAGAUUUUUAUAUAAUGUACCACUAAACAAUAAUA